AAAAUAAUCAACUAGUGAGGUGCAUUUUUAACGAAUUUAGCUUAAUGACAAAAUGACGAAUUGUGUCUCGUUCAUUCGGUUUUAUACCUUCACCGUUUUAACUUGAAUAUUUAUACUACAAAAUGGCGGACGCAGCUCCAGCCCGUGGUGGUUUCCGUGGAGGAUUUGGUUCUCGUGGUGGUCGUGGCGGCCGUGGUCGCGGACGUGGCCGUGGACGCGGUGGUCGUGGCCGUGGUGGCAAGGAAGACUCCAAGGAGUGGGUUCCAGUCACUAAAUUGGGCCGUUUGGUUCGUGAUGGCAAAAUCAACUCUUUGGAAGAAAUCUACUUGUACUCUUUGCCCAUUAAAGAGUUCGAAGUCAUUGAUUUCUUCUUGGGCUCCGCUUUGCGCGAUGAAGUCUUGAAGAUCAUGCCUGUGCAGAAACAAACCCGUGCCGGUCAACGUACCCGUUUCAAGGCUUUCGUUGCCAUCGGUGACAACAACGGUCACAUUGGUUUGGGUGUUAAGUGCAGCAAGGAAGUUGCCACCGCUAUCCGUGGUGCCAUCAUCUUGGCUAAAUUGUCUGUCGUACCUGUACGUCGUGGCUACUGGGGUAACAAGAUCGGUAAACCCCAUACCGUACCCUGCAAGGUCACUGGCAAGUGUGGUUCCGUAUCAGUACGUUUGAUCCCCGCUCCCCGUGGUACCGGUAUUGUAUCUGCCCCCGUCCCCAAGAAAUUGUUGACUAUGGCUGGUAUCCAAGAUUGUUAUACCUCUGCCCGUGGCUCCACCGGUACCUUGGGUAACUUCGCCAAGGCUACUUAUGCUGCCAUCGCUAAGACCUACGCUUACUUGACUCCCGAUUUGUGGAAGGAAAUGCCUUUGGGUUCUUCCCCUUACCAACAAUUCGCUGAUUUCUUGGCUGAGAAACCUGGCUCUCGUCACAUCGAUGCUUAAGAAAUUUAAUUGGAAGUUAUCAGUAAAGAAUCGAGAACUUUUCAAAAUAAAAUGACAACUCUUUUUUGAAAGAGAAGUAAAAAAUAUAAAAUAA